GUAUUUGAAGGUCAAGUGGAAAUUUUGUUUCCUUGCAAGGUAUAUAUAUAAGCCAGGCAAAGUGAGAACUAGUCAGUCAUACUCAUCUUGCUUUGUACUUUUGGUGGAGGAUUGCUUUUAGAACUUGGUAGGAACGAACAGAAAAAGGACUAUCUUUGAUACCUAAUAUAGCAGGUUCUCACUUGCUUUCCCACAAAUUGAGUUUCUUGGUGUCUGAAAACCGAUGGGUUUGGCCUACAAUAUCAGUGCGACUUCCAAAGGUGGAGGGGUGACAUUGAGAACAGACAGCUUUAAGAAAACCGAUUCAGAAACCAGGACCCGAUCAAAUGGCUGUAACAAGAAGAAAACUAAUAAUUUAAGCCGCUUGAGCGAUUGCAAACCGGAAAAUGUUGUGCUUGAAAAGGUUCUUUCAUUCAAGGAUCUAGUUCAACACCAGGACAACAUAGAUUCAAAUGGUCUUAAUUUCAAUGUAUUGAAACACAAACCAAUUCCCACACUUUCUCUGCCUCAAACAACGGUGUUUUCCUCGCCUAGACCCGUAAGUGAGCUUGAUGCUGCUGCGGUUAAGCUCCAAAAGGUCUACAAGAGUUACCGGACCCGAAGAAACCUUGCAGAUUGUGCAGUGGUGGUGGAGGAGUUAUGGUGGAAAGCAUUGGACUUUGCGGUUCUGAAGCGGAGUUCUGUGUCAUUCUUCAAUGUUGAGAAACAAGAAACUGCUGUUUCAAGGUGGGCAAGGGCAGGAACUAGAGCAGCCAAGGUGGGAAAGGGAUUGUCCAAGGAUGAGAAGGCUCAAAAACUAGCCCAGCAACACUGGCUUGAAGCUAUUGACCCACGCCAUCGGUAUGGACACAAUCUCCAGUUGUACUAUGAUAUCUGGUAUGCAAGCGAGAGCACUCAGCCUUUCUUCUUUUGGUUGGAUGUUGGAGAUGGCAAAGAAAUAAAUAUCAACAAAUGUGCCAGGAAUGUUAUGCAACGCCAAUGCAUCAAGUAUCUUGGACCUAAAGAAAGGGAAGCAUAUGAAGUAAUAGUUGAAAAUGGGAAGCUUCUAUAUAGACAGAGUGGACUUCUUCUGGAAACCGUGGAAGGCUCCAAGUGGAUAUUCGUUCUCAGCACAACAAGAGCUUUGUAUGUGGGUCAGAAGAAGAAAGGCACGUUUCAACAUUCAAGCUUCCUCGCCGGGGGUGCCACAACAGCAGCCGGAAGAUUAGUCGCCCACGAUGGGGUACUUGAGGCUAUUUGGCCAUAUAGUGGUCACUAUCUCCCUACAGAAGAGAACUUCAGAGAAUUCAUUAGCUUCCUUGAAGAGAACCAUGUUGACCUUACAAAUGUGAAGAGGUGUGCCAUUGAUGAUGACAGACUCUCAUAUACGGUCACUGGUGUAGAGUCAAACCCAGAACCAAUUAUGGGUUAUGCUAAAUCGGAGAUCACAAUCACAACUGCUCAUCGACCAGAAAAUAAGAACGCUAAUGAUGCUAAUGCAUUAGGCUCACAGCCAGUGUUUUGCUCGCCCAAGCCCUCACCUAGCAAGUGGGCUACAGGGGCUGGACCUCGCAUUGGGUGCGUCCGGGAUUACCCUACAGAUCUACAAUUCAAAGCAUUGGAACAAGUUAACCUAUCGCCAAAGGUGCCUUCUGGGCCGUUUUGUAACUACGGCCCAAUUCCCUCUCCACGGCCCAGCCCAAAGAUGAGGUUGUCCCCUAUUGCAUGCAUGAGUCCCAGGACCCGUAUUCAUGCAGCCAACUAAGCCAAUUCACCAAAGGUGAAUAAAAGGACAAGAGUAAGGUUAGAUUCAGUUGUAGGGCGUAUAACUUUCACGCACUCCUUUUGAAAAAAUAAAAAAAAAUUGAGACUCAUGAAAAAAAUUUGAUUUUUAAUGGCGGAUCUCACUUUUUUUAAAAAAGUGUGCAUAACUUAUACGUCUAUGACUAUAUCUAAAAUUACUCAAAGAUAAUCAAGCAGGGAUAUUAACAUUUGUGGCUCCCAAAGAGAACUUCUAGUGCUAACAAUUCAAGCAAAUGAGGAUACUAAGCGGCCACCUCUUUUUUUUUUUUUUUGUCUCUUGAUUCUUAAUGUAUAAUUU